AUGCUCCCCCCAGAGCUAACCCUCAUCGUGGCCGCCACACGCACCAUGGGCAUCGGCCGCAGCGGCACGCUCCCAUGGACCGGCCUCAAGAAAGAAAUGGCGUACUUCGCGCGCGUGACAAAGCGCCUACCACCACCACCUUCAUCUCCAUCUCCAUCUCCUCCUGCGCUGAACGCCGUCAUCAUGGGCCGCAAGACCUGGGACAGCAUCCCGCCUAAAUUCCAGCCGCUGAAGGGCCGUCUCAACAUCGUCAUCAGCCGAUCGCACACCGGCUCCGAACAGCAAGAGACGGCGGCCGAUGAAGGCCCGGUAAGAGUGGACUCGCUGGACCAAGCGCUCGCGCACCUCAAGGCCGCUAGUGUUGCCCGGGCGUUCGUCAUUGGCGGCGCGCAGAUCUACGGAGCGGCGCUGGAACUUGAGGAGGCGCGGCGCGUGCUGCUGACGAGGGUGUUGUCGCCGGAUUUCGAGUGCGACACGUUUUUCCCGCUUGGCCUGGGGGAAGACGCAGCUAGUCGAGACAGCGGCUGGGUGAAGAGGUCGAAGGAGGAGUUGGAUGCUUGGGUUGGGGAGACGGUGGCUGGAGGGGCGCAAGAGGAGAGCGGGACGAGGUAUGAGUUUGAGAUGUGGGAGCGGGUUGAUUGA